GAGUUCCUACAGUGGGAACCACAGCAAUCAAGGAGGAAAAUACUCUUACUACGGAUACAGAUUCUGUGCGUGCUGAAGGUGCUGUUGAAGCAAAUGAAAAUUUUCACCAAAAAGAACAAAAACGCACAUUGCAGUCUCUUUUCUCAUUGCUCCGUGAAGAAGUUGAGCAGAUGGAUUCAAAGAUACUGCCCCUGUGUCUCCAUCAGAUAGCUGAGACCUAUUUUCAAGAGGAGGAAUAUGAGAAGGCAAUGAAGUUCAUUCAGCUUGAACGACUGUAUCAUGAGCAGCUGCUUGCUAAUCUUUCUUCCAUACAGGAGCAGUGGGAAAGAAAAUGGAAAACAGCAGUUCCUACUCCAGUUACAGCACUGAGGAAUUCAGCUAAAGACCUGAGUGGUGAAGAGCUGGAAAAGCUUACUAGAGUUUGCUCUUCACAUCAACAGCCACAGGCAUCCAAAAAUAAGCUACUAGCUGCAGGAAGUACAUGGGAGAGCGGUGGUUUGCUUCAGUUAACGGAAUCAAAAAAAUUAAAGGAAAGAGAAGCUGCUGCUUUUAAAUCAGGUACUGAAAGUUGUCCUGGCAUUGGACCAAAGAGAGAAGAUCAGCAGCUGAGCACUAGUUCUCCAGGUGAAAACGAAACUGAGAGACAGAUGGAGGCAGCAAGCCUUCGGGUAGCUGCAGGAAAGGACCACAUGGAGGAGCAGCUCUGCAGUGCUGAAUCAACAUCAGAGCCACACACCCAGUCCACAGGGACAGUGGGCAGGCCUUCUUCGGGCUGUUUAUCGUCUGGGGAUGCCAGUAAAGAUAACAGUUUGCAGCUGAGAGAAAGACUGCUCUUUAAGGAUGUGGAAGAAAUAGAAGGUGCAGCUGGGGAGCCUGGAGUGAAACUCCCUCUUGAGCCAAUGGUAGAUGCUUUGGUUUUAACAGAUGCUGAUUAUAUGCCUACUGAUUUAGUUCCUACUGAUAAAGAUGUGCAAGCUGAUAGAAAUCUGCUCAGAUCAAAACAUGCUGCUGGCUUUUCAGAAAUUACUAGUGGACAGCUUGGAAAUAGUGAUUUAAAGCAGCAACAGGAGGAACAGCCUGAUGAUGAAAAAUCUUCACAGGACAGAAUUACAUCCAGUGUAUGCGCUGGGUGCACUAAAGUGUCUGAGAAUGAGAGUACUGCCAAUUCACAAGUAUGCAAGGAAAUACAGAGAACGGUAGGAGAGGAGGAGAAGGUAAAUAAUGAGGAACAAGAAGACUUAUUUCUCAGAUUUUUAAAUGGUAACAUAAUAGACGCUGAAGAAUCAUUUGCAAACUUAGAAAACCAAGAGGACUUUGAUACUGUUCCAGACAUUUCACCUGAACGAGCAUCCUUCAACUCACUGGAAGCUUUAUCACUAGAUGACAGCUUUUCUUCUCUUGAUGAACUUGCAAGAAGGAUAGAGGUUGCUGAGAUUGCCCCAGCAGAAGGAUUGGUGUCCAUACUAAAGAAGAGAGAUGACAAGGAUGGAAAAACAAUUGCUCAAGUCCAGCAAAGGCAAACAAAGAGAAGAGUGCGAUUCCAAGAAAUGGAAGACACAUUGGAUCAAGAUGAAGUAGCUGGUGGCUCCUGUAUUUUGCUGGUCCUGUUGUGCAUAGCAACUGUUUUCCUUAGCAUUGGAGGAACUGCAUUGUACUGCACCUUUGGUGACAUGGAAUCCCCUGUGUGUACAGAUUUUGCAGCCAACAUGGAUUUCUAUUAUACCCAGAUAUUGCAGCGUAUGGAAGAACUUAAACACUGGAUAGCCUUCUCAUAG